UCUAUUUAUACAUAAAUAUAAUCAAUCAACCGCUACACCACUCUCUCUACUCUCUAGUCUUACAGACUAAGGAAGAUAUACAUACAUACAUAUAUAUAUAUAUAUAGAGAGAGAGAGAGAUCAUUGUCGGCAGCCGAAAUGAAUCAACGGCCUGCGGAGGACGCCCAGAUAUUUCCCGGUGGCGACAUGAAGAGAAGCGCAUCAGAGUUGGAUCUGGAGGAGCUUCUCAAUCAAACGGUUGCUCCCGAGAUCGCCGAAAAAGAUGAGAAAAUUGGCCAAAUUCGGACUCCCAGAGCUAGGGUUUUCGCCAGUACCGGCUCUGUCUUUGCACUCGAAGACGACGGGGACGUUUGCGCCGGCGAUCUUAGCUUCCCUUUCAGAAAUCGGGAGUUACUGAAUGGCUUCUCAAGUUGUGGACUGACAGAUAACCUUCCAUGGUCUCAUAAUGUCUAUACUAAGCAUUCCAGCAUCUCAGUGACCACUGAUUCACAGUCAUCAAUAUGUGUUGGCAGUCCGACUUCAACCGCUAAACCUACAGGCAGAGAUCUUCAAGCUAUGGGAGCGAACAGUGGUGGUUCCUCACCUGAAUCAGAUGAUGAUGACAUGGAGACAGAAAUUGGUCAAUGCGAACAGAGCGGUGAUCCUACCCAGUUAAAACGAAUCAAAAGGAUGGUUUCAAACAGGGAAUCUGCUCGACGCUCAAGAAAAAGAAAGCAAGCACAUCUGGCAGAUCUUGAGCUGCAGGUUGAACAACUGAGAGGAGAAAAUGCAAAUCUAUUCAAACGUUUUACAGAUGCUACUCAACAAUUUAAAGAUGCUAGCACAAAUAAUCGAGUGCUUAAAUCAGAUGUAGAAGCCCUGAGAGCCAAGGUGAAGUUAGCUGAAGAUUUGGUUGCUCGGGGAUCGUUAACCGCCAGUGUUAGUCAUCUUCUGCAAAAUCAUUUAAGCAUUCCCCAAUCCUGUGGUACUCAUAACAUGUGCAGGGUGGGUAACGUCCCACCAACCAUCAAUGUACGCGGGGAUGAUGCCUCGUACCCUGGAAUAACAGUUCCUGGGCAAAACUCAACCCCUGGACUUGAAAAUGCCGACGCCUUCAAUAGCAAUGUCAAGAACGGAAUUAUGAGCGAUCCUGUAAGCUGUGUGUACCUACAGUGUCCAAGUAACACCAACGUUUGAACUCUGUUGGGUGCUUUUAUUUGUUCAAGAGCCCUCUCUCUCUCUGUUUUUCCAUUCUCUACUUUCUUCCUUAAAGGGUUAGUAGUGCUCUGUAUGAGACUCUUGUUUCUUUUGUAUCUCGGACUAUGGUUUUUAGUGAUGUACACUGACUGACUGGUUUGAUUGCUAUGA